AUGGAAGAAUCUGACUCCGAGAAAAAGACGGAGAAAGAGAAUCUAGGCCCAAGAGUGGAGCCUCCACUCGGGGAACCGGAAGAAUCGCUUGGGUGGGCAAUGCCAAACGCAGCCAUGAAGAAAAAGGUGCUGUUAAUGGGUAAAAGUGGAUCUGGUAAGACCAGCAUGAGGUCUAUUAUCUUUGCCCAUUAUAUUGCCAGAGACACACGUCGCCUUGGUGCAACAAUACUAGACCGUAUACAUAGUCUUCAAAUUAAUAGCAGUUUGAGCACCUACUCUCUCGUAGACUCUGUUGGAAAUACAAAGACAUUUGAUGUAGAGCAUUCUCAUGUUCGAUUUCUGGGAAACCUGGUUUUGAACCUGUGGGAUUGUGGUGGACAAGACACCUUCAUGGAAAAUUAUUUCACUAGCCAGCGUGACAACAUCUUUCGAAAUGUGGAGGUUCUAAUAUAUGUCUUUGAUGUGGAGAGCCGUGAACUUGAAAAGGACAUGCACUAUUACCAGUCAUGCCUUGAGGCCAUUCUGCAGAAUUCUCCAGAAGCCAAAAUCUUUUGCUUGGUACACAAAAUGGAUCUGGUACAGAAGGAUCAACGAGACUUGAUUUUUAAAGAAAGAGAAGAAGACUUAAGGCGUUUAUCUCGUCCAUUAGAAUGUUCUUGUUUCCGAACAUCUAUCUGGGAUGAAACUCUGUAUAAGGCUUGGUCCAGUAUUGUUUAUCAGCUGAUUCCUAAUGUUCAGCAACUGGAAAUGAACCUGCGAAAUUUUGCUGAAAUUAUUGAGGCUGAUGAAGUACUUCUGUUUGAGAGAGCUACCUUUCUGGUCAUUUCUCAUUAUCAGUGUAAAGAACAGCAUGAUGCCCACAGAAUUGAGAAAAUCAGCAACAUUAUUAAACAGUUCAAGCUGAGCUGUAGCAAGCUGGCUGCCUCUUUCCAGAGUAUGGAAGUGAGGAACUCUAACUUUGCUGCUUUCAUUGACAUAUUCACAUCCAACACUUACGUCAUGGUCGUGAUGUCUGAUCCAUCCAUUCCUUCUGCAGCUACUCUGAUCAACAUCCGCAAUGCCAGGAAACACUUUGAAAAGCUGGAAAGAGUGGAUGGACCAAAACAGUGUCUUCUCAUGCACUAAGCAUUGCCGAAUAUUGUUUCCCACACUAAAAUUGAAACACUGUUUCUUAAUUUUAUUGUUGUAUUCAUAAAUGUAGACUCUAAAAUAUUGUGAUGCUUAACACUUCUGUAUUUCUUCUCUACUCCCCAGUCUUACCAUUUAACUUUGAAUGCUAUUUAUUCAAAUAGCCAGUGAGGAGUUAGAAGAUGGGGUGUCCAUGAAGUUGGUGUAACAUAUAUGUAGGUGAUAUAUGUAAGUGUUCUGAUAACAUGAUUCUAAUGGUGUUUGUGUUCCGAUAACCUGCUUUAAAUAGUGUAUGCCAAAGUCCUUCCAAGCAUCCUCUUGUAUUCAUUAUCAAAUAUAUACAUGUAAGUUUGAAGUAUUACUGUUUUCUCAGCAUGCAUUAAAAAUAUUCCGUGACUCAGCCAGGCAUGGUAGCUCAUGCCUAUAAUCCCAGCAUUUGGGAAGUAGAGACAAGAGGAUUGCUGCAAGUUUGAGGCCAGUUUGUCUGCAUAGGGAGGACUAGACCAGCCAGGGAUAUA